UAAUCUAGGUGACGUUAUUGUUUUGCCUCCUGAUUUAUAGGAAACACAGAGAAUUCCCUGGACCAUGCACAGUGGGAGCACAUGCUGCUUCAGUUCCUAAGAAGAUCUCUGGAGAUGAUAGAUGACAGUGCCUGGAGCAGCCAGAUGUCCCUUGAGUUGAGCCAGCAGAUGGCCGGCUAUGCCAGCCCCUCCAAAGAGAAGAGCUUCCUGUAUAAGGCGCUAGGAACGUCCUUAGCAGCUUGUAAGGACCUGGUCCAUGUGAAAUCACAGAUUUAUACACAUCUGACAACAACAGAUUAUAUGGAAGCCCCUGAGAGACAGGGAGUCAUUUCCAUCCUCGCAUUCUGUGCUGAGAGCCACUUGGACCUCACCUUGAAUGCACUUCAGGAGUUUGGGGCUGCAAUGAGCAAGGUUAAGAUUUCUGGGUUCAUCAGCCAUCUGAAGGACUACCACCGUGGGACAAAAGGCAAGACUCGCAGCACCCUGAUGCUGACAUACAGCAACGUGGCUGUCCAUGCUCCAAAAGAGCAGCUUCUCUCUCGAGUAGAGGCAGACAUCACAGGGAACGUCCUUCACCAUUACAGAACCAGUUGUCAGGUGCUGGGCAUCACUGUUACGAACAAGGACAUGUACCUAAAAUUAACCCUCAUCCAGAAUGUCACGGAGAUUAGCUGUGCCAUUUUGGAGACCAGAGACUCACAGAAGUUUGAAUUCUCUUACAAAGUGGAGCUCCUUGGCUACAUGCUGGACUUCAUUAAAAAGGAACCACGGGAUUCCCUGGCAUCUCCAGUUCGCUACAAGGCAAUUCUUGCUAUUGGACAUCUGAGCAAACUCAAACCAUCUUUGACGUUGGAGAAAAACCAUGAGCUCCUUGAUCAGUGUUUCAAAAGUUUGUUUCCCCUCCCUCCCUUAGAGAAGAUGAGGAAAGAAGAAGGCGAGACAGCAAAGAAUGCUCUGCCUAUACAGUCACUGUAUGUAGAGUCCUUGGAAGCCCUUGGCAAGCUGAUGAAGACUUUGCUGGAGUUAGAACCAACGGCAAACUGGUUCUGGAAAAUGUUUCAACUACUAGAGACAUGGCUCCAUUCAGGGAAGGAGUGGGAGAGAGAAAGGGCCUUGCAGGCCAGCAUCCAGCUGCUGACUGCCUAUCAAGAGACAGUUCAUAGCACAAUCAUUUACGAAUACAAUGAAGAGCACUGGUCCCAGGACUGA